AUGCCACCUGCAUCAUCUACUUUACGAACGAAAAGAAACGAAGAAGGCUCACUUCGGUUUCAUGACGAUGAUGAGGAUGACUUUGACACGGAGGACCAUCCUCAUGCUGGUGCUGCUGGACUCGAAGAUAUUGAUACCUUUCUAGAACCAACCAAUCUCGUUCUCAAACAUCAUGAAGCAGAGGCUAAACGCAAAUCCAUCACGAUGGCCGUACAAACAGUACCUCAUAUUGUUUCUCGAUCUAUAGCAGGAUGGGUCUCUGCUAUUCUGAUUGUGGCUCAACUUGCUGCCAUCAUUGGUUUUAUAUUCCUUCCGAUUAUUAUAGUGAUGGCUCAUCAUGAUUUUUGUUUUUUAUGUGGAGGUGCUGAAUUCUUAUUGGUAUUGAGUAUGAGUGUGAUUGGUAUUCUCUUGUUAUUGAUUGGAUUAAUAUAUCCACUGAGACAAUAUAUUAUAGAAAAGAAGAAACAACAUGAAAAGACUCAUGAAGAUUUGUUACAUGAACAAUUGGAAGCUCACUUGUCAUCCAUGGGUCAUGAUGAAGAGUUUAAAGAUGAUGAAGAUUCAAUGAUGAUGGAUGGUGGUAGCAUGGAUCAUGGAACAGGUCACUCAUCCACCAUGUUUAUUCAUGAUGAUGAACAUUAUGGAACAACGACGUUGUCGUCGAAUCAGAACCAUCAGCAACAGCAACACCAUCAUUACACUUCACAACAAUUACUUUCAGCCUCUUCCACGAGUUUGAAACAAGUUUCACGACACACCCAUUCAUUACGUAAAUUAUCCAAUCUCACAUCAAAAUGCUCUUCAUUCCUUUCACACUAUUUUGGAGCUACUUCAACCAAAAAGAAAACCGCAUGUUGUUUACUCUCUUCCAUCACUCUAUUAGGAUUUAUAUGGUUAGCAAUUUCCAUCCUUGUUGUAUUGAGUUUACUUGCUAUGGUUCGAUCGACUAGAAUUCAAAAGAGUGGUCUUCUCUAUUCCAAUCAAAUCUUUGGUAAACGUGCCAUGAUUGUACGUGAAAUGAAUGGAAUGGUUCAUGUUGUUGCUGAGAAUAUGAAAGAUUUAGCAUUUGCACAAGGAGUAGCAGCAUGUCAAGAUCGAUUAUUUCAAAUGGAACUCUAUAAGAGAGUGUGUCAAGGUACAAUGAGUGAAAUUGUUGGACAAGAUGCACUCAUUGUUGAUAAAUUGUCAAGAAUUUUAGGAUUUACGAAAUAUGCUCGAGAUAAUUUAAAGCAUUUACCAAAUAAUACUAUUGAAAUCAUUCAAUCCUAUGUGAAUGGAAUUAAUUCAUUUAUUGCAUCGAAACCAAGAUUACCACCUGAAUUUGGACUUGUUGGAUUUCAACCUACCGAAUGGAAUGUCAUUGAUGUGUUAGCCUUUGAGAAAUUGAUUGCAUUCCAAAUGACUUAUAAUUAUAUUUUUGAAUUGGCACGAUUAGUAAUUUUAGAAAAUGGUGCAACCUUGGAGAGAGCCACUGAAUUAUCCACUCCCUCUCAUGCUCAUCAAUUUACUAUUUUCACGAGAGAAGAAUUGAAUAUGACUCUUUCAGAUGAAGAGGCUGAAGAGAUUGAGAGAAGAUUAUUUGAUCAAUCUGGAGCAUUUAUUCCUCAGCAACAAAAGCAGCAACAAACAUCUUCUGAGAAUCGAAUGAGUAAUGCUCCUCAAAGCAAUUGUACUGGAUCCUACCACCCUACUCCAAGUAAUGAAUCCAACACAUUCUCAAAAUUAUUUGAAGAAUCAUCAAAUUUCUUAGAUUCUUCGGAUCCAAACAUGUUCGGAAUUGGACACAUUCUCACUGAAAUUUUCAACAAGAAUCGUUAUUUGAACAUGCUCUUUCCAAUGAAGAGAGGACGUUCUCGUGGUUCCAAUAAUUGGGUGAUUCAUAGAAAUUUAACAGAUAGUUCCACUGGAUAUAACGUGAAUGAUCCUCAUUUGGAUUUCUCCUCACCUAUUAUUUUUCAACAAAUUCAUUUGAAAUUAGUGCCAGAUGUUUCAAAAGUGAAUGAAAAGGAUUUGAAAAGAAUGUCAUCGUUAUCGGAGCAGCAGCAGCAGAAGCAGCAACAACAAGAGGAAUCAUCUUCCUCUUCUUCCUCCUCCUCUACGCGACAACAACAACCAUCCUCAUCCUCUACACCACAACAACCAUCAACACAACAACCAUCAUCAACCUCCACACCACAACCAUCAACACAACAAUCAUCCUCAUCAACCUCCACACAACAACCAUCAACACAAUCCCCCACACAACCCUAUGACUUUGAAUUAAUUGGUGCUUCCUUCCCAGGAUUACCCUCCAUUGGAAUUGGAAGAAAUGCAUACAUUUCAUGGAGUAUUACUCUAUCCUUUACAGAUGUACAAGAUUUAUAUGUCUUGACACCAUGUCCUCACUCUCCAAAUACUCAUUACAUGAUGGAUGGUAAACCUGAACCUUAUCAAAUUCGAAAAGAAUUUAUUCACAUUAAGGAUCAACAAGCACUCGAAUUGGAAGUGAAAGAGAGUCGAUUUGGACCCAUUUUCAAUACCAUCCUCAUGGAUCCACAAAUUGGAAAUGUUCAUGUGAAACACACUGCUCAACACUAUCCCAUUGCAUUGAAAUGGACAGCACAUCUUGCCAAUGAUACCACUUUGAUUGGAUUGGAACAAAUGACACGCGCUCGAAAUAUGGAUGAAUUUAUAAAGGGUACUCAUCUCUUGAGUGCCUUUCCAUUUUGUAUUGUCUUUUCAGAUCGAAAUGGAAAUAUUGGAUAUUCAUUGACAGGUAUUACUCCAAUCAGACAACAAGGUCAUACUGGAAUGUUUCCAAUGCCAGGCAAUGUUUCAACCUUUGAAUAUAAAGGUUAUGCGAGUGGAUCUGAUUUGAUUACUCUUCUCAAUCCAAAGAAGGGUUACAUCAUUACUGCUAAUAAUAGAAUUACUCCUGCUGGAUGGCCCUAUAUCAUUAGUAAUGAUAAUGAAUAUGAUUAUAGAGCAAAAAGAAUUGAUCAAAUGCUAUCGAAUCGAUUGAAAUUACAUCAAAAACUCACUCAAAAAGAUAUGAUUGAAAUUCAAAAUGAUGUUCAGAGUUUAAUUUUUGAAGAAUUGAAAUUUGUAUUUCAAUAUAUUAAGAAUCGUUUACAAGAGAGUGAAUUACCACCAUCCAAGGAUCAUUACUUGAAAUAUGUGAAUGAAUUACUCACUGAAUGGAAUGGAAAGAUUGAAAGAGAAUCUACACAUGCUGCCUUGUUUGAAUCAUUUUUGAACAAUCUCAUUACUCUUCCUCAAUUUGAAGUUUCAGAAAAGUAUUGGAAUGAUUUUUAUUAUUUGAGAAGAGCCAUGACACUCAAUAAUGAUACUGCAUGUGUGGUUGAUAGAAAACAAACAUGUCAAGAAUUUGCAUUACAAACCUUUAAAGAAACAAUUGAUCAAUUAUUUAGAAAUUUUGGAAAUCGAAUUCCAAAAUGGAAAGAAAUGCAUUACAUUGAUGCAUCUCAUCCAAUACUUGGACUCACACCACUUGCAUGUCUCUCAGAUCGUCAUUUACAUACCAAUGGUGGUACCUAUACUGUGAAUAUUAAUAAUUAUGUUUAUGAUAAGAUUACCAAUACUACCAUUCCAACAGUGAAUGCAGCAGUGUAUCGACAAAUUAUUGGAGGUGGAGAAUUUUCAAGUCCUACUACUACUACUACUACUACCACUCAUACCACCACUCAUACCACCACCACUCAUACCACCACCACUACAGGUGUGGAAGAGUUCAUUCAUGACAAGAAAGGUGUGGAAGAGUUCAUUCAUGACAAGAAAGGUGUGGAAGAGUUCAUUAAGAAGAUGACUCAGUUUGGAAUAGGUGUCAAUGUUCGAACAGAGUUCAUUAAUGCUGAAAAGAAGACUCAAGAAGAUUUAUGGGUACUUCCACUCGGUCAAGAUGGUAACAUGUUUUCUAAAAAUUAUGAUAACAUGAUGAAUUAUUAUAUUGAAGGAAAAUAUUAUCCAUUGAGAACAGAUUUAGAUCGAGAGGUCACAGAUGUGUAUACCAUCGUCAUGAAUGCUGAGAAAGAGGAAGUACAACAUACGGUCUAG